CAACCUCUCAUAAUACAAAGCACGAACUCACAAGACCAUUCUUUUCUCUCUUUCAAUAGGAGAGCAUCCAUCCACAGUAUUUCUAGAAAGAAAAUCAGUAGCUAGGCACACCAUUAAUGGAGUCCAAGAAAUCUAACCUUCAUGUAUUAUUGGUUUCCUUUCCUGCCCAAGGUCAUAUUAACCCUCUUCUCAGGUUAGCAAAAUGUCUUGCUUCAAAGGGUCUUCUAGUCACCUUCUCCACAACUGAAACUAUUGGUCAUAUGAUGAAAGAAGCAACUAACACAAAGAGCACCAACAUAGGCCAGGGUGAGCUUCGUUUUGAGUUCUUCUCUGAUGGUUGGGAGAUCGAUGAACCACAGCGAGCCAAUCUUGCUACCUGGAUGCACCAGCUGGAAACUGCCGGACGUGAAUCAUUUACUGAACUCAUCAAUCGACAAUCCGAAAUGGGUAAACCUGUUUCCUGCAUAAUCAACAACCCAUUUGUUCCAUGGGCAACUGAUGUUGCCGCAGAAAUUGAAAUCCCUUGUGCUGUAUUAUGGGUUCAAUCCUGUGCAGUUUACUCCAUUUACUACCAUUUUCAACACCAACUUGCUAGUUUCCCAAAUCCUGAUCAGAGAGACAUGAUGCUUGAUUUGCCUAGUUUGCCGUCUCUGGAAUUCGAUGAUAUACCCGACUUUUUAACGUUGAAUCCUUUCGAUUCUUUGAGGAAGGUAAUAUUAAGUCAGUUUAAGAACCUCGACAAAGCUUUUUGUGUGUUGGUUGAUUCAUUCGAAGAACUAGAACGUGAAACAAUCGAAGUUAUGUCUCGUAUAUCAGCUCCGAUCAAACCCGUUGGUCCUUUGUUUAGAUCCACAAAAAAUGCUAGUAUUAGAGGAGAUAUCUGGAAGGCUGCAGACGAUUGUCUUCAAUGGCUAGACUCUCAGUCUCCAAAUUCAGUCGUCUACGUUUCUUUUGGCAGUGUAGUAUCUCUAUCCAAUGAGCAACUCGAGGAAUUAAGUGCAGGUCUGUUAAAAUCCGGGACACCGUUUUUAUGGGUCGUUAAAACCCCACCACCAGACAUGGGUUCUAAACCGGAAUUACCUCAAGGUUUCAAAGAAGAAGCGGAAGGAAAGGGAAUGGUGGUAGAAUGGUGUCCACAAGAACAAGUUUUAGCUCACUCAGCCGUAUCAUGUUUCCUGACUCAUUGCGGAUGGAAUUCUUCCAUGGAGUGUUUAACUUCAGGUGUUCCGGUCGUUGCAUUUCCUCAAUGGGGUGAUCAGAAUACAAACGCCAAGUUCUUGAUCGAUGUUUAUGGAGUUGGAAUAAGAACCAAGAAAACUCAAAGAGAAAAGGACGGAAUAGUAGUGGUAACCAGAGAUGAAGUGGAAAGGUGCAUCUUCGAAGUUACAAAAGGGCCUAAAGCGGAAGAGAUAAAGAAAAACGCAAUAAAAUGGAAGGAGGCAGCUGAGGCUGCGGUGGCUGAUGGUGGUUCUUCUCAUCGGAAUAUCGAAUUGUUUGUAGAUGACAUCCAACGAAUGGCAUCUAAUCAAUCAGGAUUCAGUGAUCAGAUAUCUCAAAGCUGAAGAUGUUUGGCAUGCCUCGAUGACAACCGCUUGUUUUCUAUCUUAGAUUUGUGAUUUUAGUAACGUGGCAAAAUUGUAGAAGUAUGUUUCUAGUCAAUAUCAAAAUUCCUAAAAUAACUAACAGUUUCCUUUUGGAAAAUUGUAAUGUCUAUUUCAGUUGUUGUAAUAACACCAAGGUCCCCACUACGAGGCUAGAUUGGCUCUCCAACAAUGCCGAACCUUUCAUUUCAAGAUGUCCCAACUGAGUAAAGAUUUGAGAAAGGGUGUUGCAACGUUAGGGCGCUACUGCCAUAACAGUCCUCAAACCACAAGCGGCGAUACAUAUCCAACUGAAAUUGUGUAUAUUCCAAUCCGUGUAUUUUCUUUUACGAA